GAUCACUUGGAGAACUUAGCAAAGCUCUGUAUUGCUUCCUUCCAUAACUUCAUUCUCCCUUCAACUAGAUUUUUUUUUUCUUGAAUCCUAUGGAAAACUCCACUUUAAAGCAAGAAGAAGAAAACCAAGAGCCUGGAGAAGCAGAGAAGCCAUGGGAAGGAGCGGCAGCAGCUUCUCCCCUGGAUCCUGGUCCCCUGUCACCCGAGUACCUGGAAAAGGAGCAAAGGUCAGACACUGAAACCCAAGGCACAAUGAGCCCCUCUUGGGGCCGCCAAUCUAGAGCCAGCCUGUCUCUGGGAGACCUCAUGGGACCAGGAGUGCCAUUCUCCCCUCCUCUGCUUCCGCUGGAGCCUCACUUCAGUCCUCCCCCGACUGCAUCUAUCCAGGACCCUGUGGCUUCAUCACAGGCGAAGAAGAACCCCGGUGAGAUUCCUGGCACUGCAACACCACCUCAUUCUGAUGCUUGGGAACCAUAUUCUGCUGCAAGACAAUUAUCUUCUUACUGCACAAACCAAACAGAGGAAAGCACCUCUGCAUCCUCUCAGCCACCCCAGUUUGACUUGUGUAGGCCAGGGGAUGCCAGCCAUAACAAGCCCAAGCCCAAGCCCAAAGGGCUGAGAUUCAACCUUUUACAGAAAGAAGACUCAAACAGUAACUGUGAUCCAGACGAACCUGAGUUUGACGCUAAUGAAGCAGCUCCCAGUAUGCUUGAGGUGGCUAUUCAAAAUGCAAAGGCAUACCUACUGAGCACCAGCAGCAAGUCUGGUUUAAAUCUAUAUGAUCAUCUUUCUAAUGUGUUGACCAUGAUAUUAGAGGAGCGUCCUGCAGAUGCUGUUGACAUCAUUGAAAACAUAAGCAAAGAUGUGAAGAUGGCAAAUUUUAAUAAAAAGUUAGAUACACUCCACAAUGAAAAUGAGAUGCUUCCAGCAUAUGAAAUAGCAGAGAAGCAAAAGGCUCUUUUUCUCCAGGGACCAUUGGAAGGAGCUGAUCCAGAACUGGAGGAGGAAAUUGCAGAAAGCUCUCUGCCCAAUGUGAUGGAGUCAGCAUACUAUUUUGAACAAGCUGGAGUUGGUUUGGGAACAGAUGAGACUUAUCGGGUGUUUCUUGCCCUCAAGCAACUUACUGAAACACACCCAAUCCAAAGAUGCCGCUUCUGGGGCAAGAUCUUGGGUCUGGAAAUGAAUUAUAUCAUUGCUGAAGUAGAAUUACGUGAAGGGGAAGACGAAGAGGAGGUGGAAGAGGAAGGUGUAGCUGAAGAAAGGGAUGAUGUAGAAAGUGAAGCCGGGGAAGGCGAGGAGGACGAAUUACCGAAGUCCUUGUAUAAGGCCCCACAGGUGAUACCCAAGGAAGAAAACAGAACAGGUACGAACAAGUACAUCUAUUUUGUUUGCAAUGAGCCUGGAAGGCCAUGGGUGAAGUUACCAUCAGUGACGCCUGCUCAAAUUGUUACCGCAAGAAAAAUCAAGAAAUUUUUCACUGGACGACUAGAUGCGGCCAUCAUAAGCUACCCACCCUUCCCAGGAAAUGAAAGCAAUUACUUAAGAGCACAAAUUGCCCGCAUUUCAGCAGGGACCCAUGUCAGUCCUCUAGGAUUCUAUCAGUUUGGUGAAGAGGAAGGAGAAGAAGAAGAAGAGGUGGAAGGUGGCCGAGACAGCUAUGAGGAAAACCCCGAAUUUGAAGGCAUCCAAGUGACUGACCUGGUGGAAUCUCUAUCCAAUUGGGUUCAUCAUGUGCAGUACAUUCUUCCUCAGGGUCGCUGUACUUGGUUCAGUCCUAUACAAAAGAAUGAGGAAGAGGAAGAAGAAGAUGAAGAAAAAGAAGACAAAGGAGAAGAGCCUGACUACAUAGAACAGGAAGUGGGGCCUCCUCUUUUGACACCAAUCUCUGAAGAUUUAGAUAUUCAGAAUAUACCUUUGACAACACGGCUGUCCUCAAAUCUCAUUCCACAAUAUGCUAUUGCUGUUCUUAGAUCCAAUCUUUGGCCUGGAGCAUAUGCCUUUUCCAAUGGCAAAAAGUUUGAAAACAUCUACAUAGGCUGGGGUCAUAAGUAUAGUGUGGAGAAUUACACACCCCCAGGCCUGCCAUCUGUCUACCAAGAAUACCCCAGUGGACCGGAAAUUACAGAAAUGGAUGAUCCCAGUGUAAGUGAGGAACAGGCUUCCAGGGCCUCACAACAGGCCACCGUACUUUCAGCUGAGGAGAAUGAAGAAACUGAGGAUGAAGAUGAAGACAGUGAUGACUAACACGAAAUUAGCCCAGUCUGAUGUGGCACUGACACACACAAAUCUUUUACGGAGACUCAUUUUAUAUACAUACAUAUAUUUUGAAAAUACAUAUAUGUGUAUGUUGGAAAUGAUGGUACAAAAUAUCAUUCCUUUAAAGUUAUUAAGUGGAGGAUGGGGGGGAGGAGGUGAUUCAGCGGUUAAUAUUUUGCCCUUGCCUAGGACAGUUCCCAACACCCAAGUCAGGUGGCUCAAGGUCUAGCCCCAAUGUCCUUUCCUGCCCUCCACAGCAACUGCAUGUGUGCAUGAGUCACGUGUGCUAACACACAUAUAGUUAAUCUUUAAAAAAUGUUUUAAAAAUUAGGUAUGCUGAAACACACCUUUAAUCCCAGCACUUGGAGGGGCAGAGGCAGUAGGAGCUUUUUGAAUCCAAGGCCACCCUGGUUAACUUAGCGAGUCCCAGGACAGUCAGUGCUACAUAGGGAGACCACAUCUUGAAAAUAACAAACCUUGAAAAAAUAUAUCACAUUUGAGACUGCAUAUAAAGAGCUGCUGUACAGGAAGUUGCCCAGUAGAUUUUCCAGCUCAUAUGAGCACAUCACUGUUUUAAUAGCUACAACUCAGGUAAUUAACAAUUAAGUAAUCCUAAUUGGGAAAGAUCUCUCCAACAGGAUUUCACUAUGUAUCUCUGGUUGUCUUGCAACUAACUCUGUAGGCCAGGAUGACCUCAAACUCACAGAAAUCUGUCUGCCUCUGCCUCCCAAGAGCUGAGAUUAAAUUGUGUACCACAAUGCUCAAAUUUAAUUUCAAAUUCAGCAAGUAUUGAAAGUUAUAAUUCACAAUGCUUCUUGGAAAUGUCUAGAUUUUGAGUGUCAAGGCAUAUGGAAUUUAAAACUUUGAUAACCAGGGACUGGAGAGAUGGCUCAAUGGUUAAGAGCACUUAUUCUUGUUGUUGUUGCAGAGGACUUGGGUUCAGUUCCCAGAAAUCAAACUGGGCAGCUAAACAACUACCUAUUAACUCCAGUUCUGUCAGAUUUGAUACCUCUUCCAAAGGCUACACACAAGUGCACACACACCCUCAAAUAAAAAUAAAUCUUUAUGAAAUUGUGACAACUGUGUUACUUUUAGAAAGCAAUCAGCAAUUUACACUUUUCUACCUCCCUUGUCAUAGAGUGGGAGAUUGUAGAUCACUGGACUAUAAUUUUGAGUAACACUGUGGUAAAUCAGAAGGUGUCUACUCAAUACUUGAGCAGAUCUAAAAUACUUAUGAAUCACUGCAUAGGCUACUAUGGUGGAAUCACCACCUGGCUGUGGCUUACCAGAUAAAAAUCCGUCUGGCAUCUAUCUCUGGAGGGCCUACAUGGCAUCUACUUGAUCCACCUUCAUUCUCCCAGCAUUCAGUUUAGUUUUGCCCACAUAGCUCUAUUCUACCCUAUAACAGGCCCAAAAGAGUUUCCUUAUACAUUAACCAAUAAAAGCAACACAUAUACAGAAGGACUUCUGACAUCAUCUCCCCUUUUUAGUCUAAAUAAAAAGGAAGGUUUUAACCUUAACAAAGUAAAAUACAUAUAAAAAAAGAGAUAUCAAGCAAGAAUUACAGUAACAAUAUUAAUAUAUACUUCAUCUUUUAUGUAACAAAGGAAAACUAUAUCUAUUCUCCAACUCCAAGGGAUCUGACAUCUUCACCAAUGUGCAUAAAAUUAAAUUUAAAAUAAACCAGCUAAAUCUUGUCAAAAAUGCACCUUGUAUCUAGACCUUCUUCAAGAAAGGGCCUUCUUCAGUUAUUCAAUUAUUUAAUUUUUUUACAGAGAUUUUCUGCAACAUCAAAGACUACAGAAGGAUAUAUUACCUAAAUAAACAGGAAGUGUGCAUUGUAAGCAACUUCUAAAACAUUAGAAUUCACAAAGACAUCUUGUUGCCUGGACAGUCACCCAAAGUUCUUUUGUAACACUGCAGCCACCCAUCUUCAUAUAGUCCAUAGUAUCUGGCAGACUUUUUCAUGAAGCAGGAAAUUUCAAAGACAGUUCCACCUAUAUUGACAGUUUGUCAGUCACUUUUUUUCUGUGUCCUGCAGAAUGUCUAGCAGACUCUUUCAUGAAGCAGGAACCCUGAAGAAUCAUCUCACCUUUACACAAGUUCAGCAAUCAUUUUUCUGUGGGCCCUGCAGGUCUAGCUCAUUCAGCAUAGUAUCAAGCAGUCCAGGUAAGAGCAGUUUUUUUACCCAAAUGGCUAAUCAAUGCCAUAAGGAGCCUCUUUGGUGCCCGUCAUCCUCUUGAUGUAGAUGUGUCUCAUUGUCAUGAAAAGUCCUAAGUUUUUAAAAUGUUUAAAUGCCAUAUUCUGUUAGUCCUUGAAAGAUUUGAAUAAUAGUUAUUUAACUGAAAUAUAUAUCUAUGUCUAGAAAAUCUCACUAACAUGACUUACAAGCUUGACUAUUAUAGAUGACUAUCUAUUAACCUAUAUUUCUUAAUUAUACAUUACAUCUUUAAAUGAACUGCAUAAACACAGUACCUUAAUCAAGAGCAGAAAUACAUAUACACAGUAUAACAAAAUUGACCUUAAAUUUGUAUCAAUAAACCUAGAUCCAUACCAAUGCAAA